GAUUUAGUGCGCUCUUUGUUUAGCCGUAGCCCGUACCGGAUCUCUUCAGCCGUUCGCCUUCGGAGUCAGAAUAAGCCAAGUUCAAAUUUCUCGAGUUAAAGCGUGUCUAUGGUUAAAGCAGAGGCAACACGCCGCCAGCAGGACUCCUCUCCCCUCCUUCUGAUGGCGAACGAGCGGCUCAGAGCUCUGGAGGACGUGGAGAAGGAGAUAGCGAUGAUCCUACAGUGUGCAGGUAACAUCAUCCUGGAGCUCUCCAAAGAUAAACACAACGCCAGCCUCGUGGACAGACAGGUGGCCCAGUUUCAGAGCUCCGUCAGCCGGGUGGAGAACGAGCUGAGCGGCCAGAUCCGCUACCUCACACAGGUAGCCACGGGUCAGCCUCAUGAAGGCUCCACCUACUCCGCCAGGAAGGACUGUCAGAUGGCGCUGAACCGAGCCGAGUACGCCAAGGUCAAACUGGGAGAACUGGGCCGGACGUGCGAGCUCAUGCUGGAGCAGCAGCAGCAACAGCAGCAGCAGCAGCAACAGCAGCAACAGCAGCAGCAGACGUGAAGGUGACAGACGGAACGCCGACAGACGGGACAUGUCUCAGUGUACAGCCUGGACUUCUCUUUUUUACAGAAACUGGACCAAAGCCGGUCCUCUGAGGGCGAUGUUUGACACGUCUGGGUGUGUUUUGUUGUUUGGUGGUUGUUGUGCACGCUGAUCCAUAUUUAGACGCUUUAAUGAUCCAGCUAAUAAAACUACAAAGAUGUUUUAUUCAGAA